AUGUUGCAACAUCCAAGUCGCAAUGUUCGUCACUUUGGCUCGAUCCGAGGCGUAUGUGCUACUGCAAUGUCGCCGAAUAUGAGAGCGAUUGGAAACCGGGGGAAAAAGUCACUCGUCGCUCGUCGCGGGACGUCGAGUACCAAGACAACAGAAGAAACGAGGGCGCCGAGUUCCGCCACUGCGGCGCCCGUCGUGGACUUUGACGCACUGCCCAUCGGUGAGAAGCUCCUUUUUGUUGCGGUGGAGACGUUCACGCAGGGUGUUGCCUCGGGUGUUAUGGGCGGGUUAGCGGGGCUCGUCUACGGUGCGUUCUCGCGGCGAACACUAGAGGGAGCACGCUCGGAAGGCCGGAAGUUCCUGAUGACCUGGGGGUUAUUCGGCGGUGUUUAUAGCCUUGGUCUUGGUCUCUCUCGCACGGUUCGACAACGCCAGGAUAAGUAUAAUGCGGUGAUCGCGGCCUGUGCCUCUGGAGCUGUCUUCGGCCGGGAGCAGGGCGUACAAGGUAUGCUCGCGGGGUGCGCCCAGUUUGCUGGAUUCACCUAUUUGAUUGAAACUUUCAUAGUGGGCUCGCAGUCACCACGGCCCGAACGAGAUAACGAGAUAGGCUCCCCAAAGAUAGAGAUUCCGGUGGGAAAACGGCGCUGA